CGCCAGCGACCGAGCAGACCCGGAAGCGUGGCGGCCCGCCCCCUCGCGGCGCUCCGUCCAAGAUGGCGGACCUCCACCGCCAGCUGCAGGAGUACCUGGCGCAGGGGAAAGCCGCCGGGUCGGCGGCCGCGGAGCCGCUGCUCGCCGCGGGAAAGGCGGAGGAGCCCGCGACGGGGGACAGACCGGCGGGGGCAUGGCUGGGCCGCGCGGGCCUGCGUUGGACGUGGGCGCCGAGCCCCGCGGAGCCAACGGCGGCGGCGGGCCCGGCGUGCCUGCCGAGCUUGACGCGUGCGCAGCGGCUUGCGGCGAGCGGCGUGUGCCUGCUGCUGGCCGCGCUCUGCUUCGGCCUGGCCGCGCUGUACGCGCCCGUGCUGCUGCUGCGGGCGCGCAAGUUCGCGCUCCUCUGGUCGCUGGGCUCGGCGCUGGCGCUGGCUGGCGGCGCGCUCCUGCGAGGUGGAGCGGCGUGCGGGCGCCUGCUGCGCGGCGAGGAGACGCCGUCGCGGCCCGCGCUGCUCUACGUGGCCGCGCUGGGCGCCACGCUGUACGCGGCGCUGGGUCUGCGCAGUACGUUGCUCACGGCGCUGGGCGCCUGCGCGCAGGUGGCCGCCCUCCUGGCCGUGCUGCUCGGCCUGCUGCCUUGGGGAACGGGUGCGGCACUGCGCCUAGCCCUCGGGCGCUUGCGCCCCGGCGACCGCCUCACUAAGGCGCUGCCCGUGUGAGAGCUUGAGGACGGCCGCCGGGCCGGGACGCGGAGCCGGACCCCGGGACGGCCACCGAGCCCCAGCGCCGGAGCAAGGACUGCACCCGUCGGUUCCCAGGCCGCGCAGGGCACAGGCCGUUCCUUGUGCCGGCGAAGUGUCAACCUGGAGCGGCUGUUGAAAACCGAGACAGUAGCAGUGUUGGAAGCUUUCAGCGUUUUGUGCUGUCGUCGGUAGCGUGUGCUCUGAAAACGAGCUUUCUUUGAUGUGCUGUGAAACAUUUCUGAUAACUUGCUUUUGCGUUAACCGUGGUCUUGGAUUGAGCUCAGUAAAAAAACAAUGGCUCUUCAGUUUUAA